AUGACCGGCGACCGACCGUGCUACGGCCAGGUCACGGCGUACAAGGGCGCACGCCCUGAUAUCCUGGGCACCGAGGCCGCCCCAGGGACGCAGGACAUCCGACGCCUACUGACGGGUAUUGCGCCCGUGACGGCGCACCCACGUCUAACGGCUCAGUUGCCCUGGAUGAACCCACGAACGGGACGGGAUACGGAGUGCACUGUCCGCCAUGUCAUCACCUUCGGCUUCUACGUGGAUGGUAACUACGAGGUUCCGUCCGAUAUCCUUCUUGGCAAUCAUUUCUGGGAGGACCCAACCCUGACGGGAUCCUCAUCUGGGCCUCGGUCCACCCCAGCUUCGAUUCCCACAGUGCAGACGCGUUCGCGUCGCGCCGCAGCUCGUCAAGCUGUCGACUCGCCGCCCCUGGGAACGCAAGAGGCUAUCUCGACGGAUCGGGCUGGUGCCCCCACGCCGCCGUCACCAGCGCUAGAUCAGGCUCAGUUUGUGGAUGUGAUGGAUGCGCUGAUCGGUGUGCCAAUCCCGUCGACGCACGAUAACCGGGUCAGCCAUGACGCUGUGGCUCCGCCGCCGCCCAAUCCGAGCACUCGACUGGGGCGUCGGGGCCACCUAGACGGCGCUUCGUCCUUCGACAUGCCGGGUCCUUCGAUGCGCAUUCUCGCUGCGUUGGCAGAGCAGCCCGACCUCCUUCAGCAUUACGCGCGCCAGCUAAGUUCCCAAGGACCCGAGCCCAAGCGCCCUCGCUACGUAGGCGUGUCUGAUCUACAGGCAGCCGACGACACGUCCAGUCGGCAGGACCGCCAGCACAGCUUCCGGCCUCAACUCAACGCUCGCAAUUUCUCUGUGGGCGUCGAACUACCGGCUCUCCCCCGUGAGCCUUCGCACGGAGACCUAAAAGCUGCCCUCGGUGUGCUGGGGACAAAUAGCGAGGAGUUCUUCGACCCCUACACGCGUCGGCUGGUGUCCGCCGCGAAUGACUUUGCAGAGGAGCUCAGCGACUACGAGCCCUGGUCGUCGAGCGAGGUGAAGACACUGGCCUUCUGGUUCAGCAACGUCUUCGCGGCCUACCGACGGGCCUGUGAGCACGACCUCGACUUCGGGUCCACCUCUCGUUUGGACGUGCGGUCGCGCUUCUCGAUGCAGGACCCCGAACUCAGUGGUCUCAUGCUUAAGAUGUCCAGGCAGCGCUGGCGAUCUCAUCACUCUUCCAGUACGAACCCGCCCGCCGGUCGAAACCAUGCGCAAGUUCACGGCCCACCCGCUCGCACCGUUCGGGCGAACACGUCGGAGUCUUCGAAGCGCCAAGUGCCGACCGAGGUAGGACUAGCGGCGCCGAGACAGGACGGCAAGCAGCUCUGCCUGCGGUUCAUCUCGGCUAGGGGCUGCCCGUCGGCGUCUGCAGAUCGGUGCACGCAUUCAUCUCUGGAUGCGGCCGGCCCCGGUCCUCGCCCGCUGCUCUCGCUUGCACGAGUCCGCUUCAUCCAAGAGACACUCUUACUGCGCCUAGAAGCUGCCGAGGCCACGAUCCGGUCGGGUCGCCGCGCGGCGUUCCUCGCGGCGGGCGUACGGCCACCGGUACGGUCCCUCCCAUUCGGCACGGACCUCAACUACCGCGUCGAUGCUGACGCUCAACGCGCUCUCUCGGAGCUGGUGCGGAGGGCCAAGAUGUCGCUGGCGGACACGAUUCGGAUUUGGCGGGGCCAAACAGCCACGGACACGCGGCCCAACAAGGCUCUGUGCCCUGAGCAGUUGGAGUGGCUACUAGUAGGCUACGAGCACCAAGCGCUGGUCCUCGCUUCGAUUCGAGCAGGUGUUCAGCAUUGUUUUCGACCGCACCAAGCUGCGCCGACGAGAGGAUCGGCCACCACCCACAGCAACCACAAGUCGGCGCAGGCGAUGGAGCAUGCGCUGCUCCGCAGCAUUCGGGAAGGGCAAGACCUGGGCACAUACAUGGUGGUGGACAGGGACGUCGCGGAAGCGUGGCCGGCAAUUCGCAUCAGCCCGUUCGGGUGCGUACCAAAGGCGGAUGCGGACCCUCGCCUCGAAGCUCGCGUCACUCAUGACUUGUCUUUCCCCCGUGGAGCAUCGGUGAACGACGCCUCGGACCCAGCCGACCUACCGUCGCUUUCCUUCGAACCUGUGGGCGCGAUUGCACGCCGCAUCGAGUCGAUCAAGAUGCGAAGCCCCCGAGCAAUCGUUAAAAUCAUGCGUGGCGACGUGAAGUCGGCUUUCCGGAACCUCUUUGGCCACGUCGGGGUAUGCGCCAAUUUUGCGGGGCUGCUCCCGCGCCAGAACGCAGUUGUUGUCGAUCUGGCAUUGCCGUUCGGGUGGACAGGGUCUCCUGCCCACUACAACGUCUUUGGCGGUGCAGUCACCUUUUUGGUGCGGCGCCUGGUGCGGGAAAACCGCGAUUCGGAGCGGUUCUACUGCUACACCUGGGUCGACGAUCACGUGCUUGUGGAGGAAGCACGCCACGAUCGUCUCGAGCUGUGCGAAGUUGCGCUACGGCUGGCCAUGCUGGCGGUUCUGGGGCCGCGUUCAAUCAACGAGAAGAAGUUUACCCCAUGGUCUACUACCGCGAGGGCCCUGGGACUCGACUGGGAUACGUCCGCUCGAACGGUGUCCAUGCCGUCCGACAAGAUCGCCAAGGCCCUGCUUCGGAUCCGUGAGCUUCUCAAGGCGCAAGUGGUGUCACGAUCGAGCCUAAGCCGGGUGCUGGGCUCGCUCCGUCACGUCUGUUCGUGCAUUCGGUCGGCACGGCCAUUCUUCCAGCGCCUUGCAGCUCUUUAUCGCCGCACUCCACGCUGGGGGCGCGUGCCACUAUCACCUGGAGCCAAACUUGACGUGCUAUGGUUUGAGCACAUUCUCGUCCAUGGCCAUUUGCAAGGCAUCCCGCUCCGAUACUUCGCAGCGCUUCCUGAUCCUGACGUCCACAUCUACAUGGAUGCCAGUGACGCUGGCCUCUGUGCCCUCCACCCGGCCGCAAAAGCGUACCUACGCGUUCACUUUGACGAGACGGAGCGAAACAUGAUCGCGAGGAACGAGUUCUCUAGCAACGUCAGGGAGCAGCUUUCUGCGGUCCUCGCGGUUCUGUGCUGGGGAGACGCUUGGGUUGCAUCGGAGCCGCACACGCUGACGCACAUUCGCUUCUGGAUUGACAACACAUCGGCCGUCUCGUGGUGCAACGCUUUGCAAAGCCGAGACCAACAGUCGCAAGAAUUAAACCGCGUGCUGGGCGCAGUCGAAGCGCGUUGGAAACUACGGGUGUCAGCGGCGCAUCUACCGGGCGCGGUUAACACUAUGGCUGACUUGGGGUCGCGCGCGUGGGAGGCGCGGGCGCUAGUCUGCAGCAAUGGCAAGAUCUAA